CCACUGCAAUUUUCUAUCCAUUUUCGCUGAGUUUUUUUUCUUGAUUUGGUUUUUGGGUUGUAAUUUUCUGAUGUGGGUUCAGUAAAUCUUCAAAUUUGAUUGGGAAGUUUUUUUAUUUAUUUAUUUUUUCCCCUCUCUUUGGAGGAAAAACGGCGGUGGAAAUGAUGGGGUAUGGUGAAAUGAACGAGCAAGUGGCGUUGCAGGAGGCGGCGACGGCGGGUUUGAAAUCCAUGGACCAUUUAAUCCGGCUGGUCUCUCACCAGGAACAACAAAACCCGCAAAUCGACUGUACAGAAAUAACUGAUUUUACUGUUUCUAAGUUCAAAAAGGUUAUUUCUAUUCUAAAUCGAUCUGGCCAUGCCCGAUUCCGCCGUGCUCCGGUUCAAACUCCACCACCGGAGCGGCUCACUUUCGUUGAAAAUCAUAAUUUUGCUUCUGGGUCUAGUCAAAUGCCUCCAGUCUCUGGGAUUAAUAAACCUCAGCUUCAGGAUCUUAAUCUCAAUCUUUUCCCUGCAACUCCGGCGGCUGCGGUGGUGCCAGAACCAGCAUUUACCCUUGAUUUCAUGAAGCCAAGCGUGGUCGGUUCCACGCCUUUUGUUAAAGAGAUUAGUAAUGACUUGAAGAGCAAGGACGGUUUCAGUUUAUCGGCGGCGAUGUCAACGUCAGGAAACUCGUCGACGACGUUUGUUUCGUGUAUAACCGGCGACGGGAGCGUGUCAAACGGCAAAGGUGGGUCGUCCUCUAUGUUUUUGGCUCCUGCAGGCCCUUCUAUUUCCGCCGGAAAGCCUCCACUAUCCGGGAAGAGGUGCCGGGAGCACACAAAGUCAGAAAACGUCUCCGGCCGGUGUCAUUGCAAGAAGAGGAAAUAUAAGGUGAAGAGGACGAUUAGGGUCCCGGCCAUUAGCUCAAAAAUCGCAGAUAUUCCCGCGGAUGAGUACUCGUGGAGAAAGUAUGGUCAAAAGCCGAUCAAGGGCUCGCCAUUCCCGCGGGGUUACUAUAAGUGCAGUACCGUAAGGGGAUGCCCGGCAAGAAAGCACGUGGAGAGGGCCACAGAUGAUCCAUCGAUGUUGAUCGUCACUUACGAAGGGGAGCACAGGCAUACACAACAUGCAAUGCAGGAGAGGACAAUUGCGGAGGGUGGUCAAUUCGUCGCGUUCGAGUCGACAUGAGAAGCGAAGAGAAAAAUGUAAAAGUGAGAUGAAAAAUUGGGGCUUUUUGUAAGUUUAGGUAGUUGGAGGGGAUAUAGCAAAGGUUCUUGUAAAAUUGGUUGGGACAGGUGAGGACCAUAAUCUUAGAACAAAUGUUCAAUUUUUACUUUUUUUUAUGAUAUUUAGUUUAAUGGAUCGUUCUUUUAUUGAAUUA